CUCGGGCGGGGACCGGCCCGCAGGUGGAAGCACUCUGGGGAGGCGGGUCCGCCCCCGACUGCUGUGGGUCGAGGCGGGCUCUCGGCUGGCCCGCUCCCGCCCUGACCCGCCGGCCUCUCCCACCCCAGCAGUGACGCGCCGCCUCCGAGCCCGAGCCCACGCCGCGUCCAGCAGCGCGAUGGACCGCAUCGUCCCGGAUCCCGGACCCCGCAGCGCGCCCCGCACCCCCGCCACGCAGACCGCCGGCUCCGUAGGGAGGAAAACAAAAGCAAAGGCACCACUUCCUCCUGCUGAGGCAAAGGGCAUGGAUGUCUCUUCUGCUGAGGACCCUGUAGAAUCGACUGCUGUCAUCACGGAGCAAAAUGAAAAUAUGGUAGAUAGAGACAUUGAACUCUCAGUGGUCCUACCUGGAGAUAUUGUCAAAUCUGCUACUGUUCAUGGCAGUAAGCCGAUGAUGGACUUGCUUGUGUUCCUCUGUGCGAAGUACCACUUAAAUCCAUCAAGUCACACAAUUGACUUACUCUCUGCGGAAGAGAAUCCCAUCAAAUUUAAGCCAAACACACCAAUAGGAAUGCUGGAGGUAGAGAAGGUAAUUUUAAAGCCUAAAUCUCUGGAUAAGAAAAAGCCGACACCUAUAAUCCCAGAGAAAACUGUGAGAGUAGUGAUCAACUUUAAGAGAACACAGAAGACCAUAGUGAGAGUUAGUCCACACGCACCUCUUCACGAUCUGGCUCCCAUUAUAUGCAGCAAAUGUGAGUUUGAUCCAUUGCAUACAGUGUUGCUGAAGGAUUAUCAGGCUCAGGAGCCCCUCGACGUGACAAAAUCCCUUAAUGACCUGGGACUAAGGGAGCUAUAUGCCAUGGAUAUCAGCAGAGAGUCCUGCCAAAUUUCACACAACCCAGACAUUGUGAAGGAGAAAGAAAACAAAGGGAUUUUCAGCUUUUUCCAACGCAGUAAGAAAAAGCGGGAGCAAACAGCCAGCGCUCCUGCGACCCCGCUAGUGAGCAAGCAUCGUCCAUCUUUUACGAGAUCCAACACCAUCUCCAAACCUUACAUUUCCAACACACUGCCCUCGGAUGCGCCCAAGAAACGGCGUGCUCCACUGCCCCCCAUGCCCACCUCCCAGGGCACUGCACAAGGCCAGGAGAGACGCGCUUCGUGCGUGGUGAGAUCCACCAGUGUGGAUGACACUGAUAAGAGUUCCUCGGAAGGGGUCAUGGUGAGGACAGGGUCACUGCAGCUCAGUAGCACAUCAGUAGGAACUUCAUCUCUCAAAAGAACAAAGCGGAAAGCUCCUGCCCCACCUUCGAAAGCACCCCUGCAUCAGAAUGAUGAGAACGGCCCUGAAGCUGAUAAUGCCCUACCUUUGGAAGAUGGGAUUGCUCCAGACAGCGUUUUGAAAGCCAGCUCUCCUGAGGGCAUGCCCAGCCCAGAGGGCUCUCCUGGCCCCGGGUUCCUAAGCCAGGAGCGGUGUACUGUGCCCACCCCAGCAGAUGAAAUCUCCCUCUCUGAGGGCCCUGGAACUCCAGAGGCAGCUGUAGCUUCCUUGACAUCUGGUGUAAGCUCCGAUUACAGUCUUGAGGAGAUAGAUGAAAAGGAAGAACUGGGUGAAGCAUCUAAGGACCAGGCUGAAAGUAUUUCUGUGAAGUCGCCUGACAUUGCUUCUGUAUCCCCUGAUAUGACAAAUGCAGUGGAGAAUGAUCCUGACUCAGCCCUUGGCAUCAGUGAUGGGGAGGCCUCUCCAAGCUCCAAGGGAAAAACUCAGGAAGAUGGAAAGACAGAGGGACAAGGGCCACAUAAUCCUGUUGUAUGUGAGAGAAGCAAUGAAGACAUGGUACCUGACAGUAUAAAAGACUUGAAGAUAUUGGCCCCAGACCAAGAGAACGUUCAAAAUGAAGUCAUGGUCUGUGCCACAAAUACGGAUUAUCUGAAGAACAAACUGAGGAAAACAGAAACCACCACAGAGGACGAAGCCCCAGAGAAAGCCAAGGACAUGGAAGCUGAUACAGUUUCAGGCUUUCCUGCGUGUAGAACAGAUAAUGUUAAAAGUUCAAGGGAAAAUCACCUAACAGCAUCAUUAGUACCAGAUCAAAGAUUCAAUCAACUAGGUAUAGAAAAGACAAAAACGCAGGAUGCAGCAAUUCAGGCCACCCUGGCCUGCAGCAGCUCUGAUGGGAAUCACGAAGACCGUAAUUCGUCUGACCUCAGGGUUGAUGGGUCUGUGCAGACUUCAAAUAGCAACAGAUCAACUCGGCAUUUCUCUGAAAGUCUCCAAGAUUCCAUAAAUGCCUCGAGAGAAUUCCAGAGUCGGUGCACCCCAACACAUGUGCCAGAUGGGCUCCCCGUGAAGGAGCCAGCUUGUACAUAUGGGAAUGAUGCCCCUUUGCCUCCUGUGGAUGGACGUGAUAAGAAUCCAACUGCUUCUUACCUAAAGACUUUCCCACUUUAUAGGCAGGACUACAACCCCAAGCCAAAACCUUCAAAUGAGAUUACAAGAGAGUACAUACCUAAAAUUGGAAUGACCACUUACAAAAUAGUGCCUCCGAAAUCCCUGGAAGUGGUGAGAGACUGGGAAUCUGAAACCGUGGGGAACAAAGAAGAUCAAAAGAUGCACGCUGCAGGGCCGAGGCACACCCUUGAGACUAUGAAAGAAACUCCCAUGCACACAGAAGCCCUUGUUACUUCUAAAGGCUCACGGGAGCCUCUGCUUGACCUUAAGCCAAAGCCAAGCAUAGGAACAGAGCGUCAUCUACACAGGACUGUGAGCUUACCUGUUGGUACCGAGAUGCACCCUCCCAAACCUCCCAGAAUGACCACGGACACUGGCACCAUUCCUUUUGCACCGAAUUUGGAAGAUAUAAACAAUAUUUUGGAGUCAAAAUUUAGAUCCCGGGCUUCAAAUCCCCAGGCCAAACCAAGUUCAUUCUUUCUGCAAAUGCAGAAGAGAGCGUCAGGCCACUAUGUGACCUCUGCAGCUGCUAAGAGUGUCCACGUGGCCCCCGGGCCUACCCCCAAAGAACCGACAGUCAAAGAGGUGCAGAGGGACCCACAGCUUCCUCCAGAACAGGGUCUUUCUCCCUUGAGUGAAAGGACACACUUUGCUCCGCUGCCCAAUAUUUCAAAAGCUGAUGAUGACAUCAUCACACAGAAGCCUGCUGAGACAUCUCCUCCUCCUGUAUCUCCCAAGCCUGUGGCUCUUCCUGUUGAGACAUCUCCUCCUCCUAUAUCUCCCAAGCCUGUGGCUCUUCCUGUUGAGACAUCUCCUCCUCCCGUAGCUCCCAAGCCUGUGGCUCUUCCUCCCGUAGCUCCGAAGCCUGUGGCUCUUCCCACUGAGCCAUCUCUUCCUCCUGUAGCUCCCAAGCCUGUGGCCCUUCCUAGUAGUCAGGGAGCAUCAUUAAACCUGAAGACCUUGAAAACAUUUGGGGCCCCACGACCCUACUCCACUUCUUCCCCGUCACCCUUCGCCCUUGCUGUGGUGAAAAGGUCCCAGUCCUUCAGUAAGGCACGGCCAGAGUCAUCCAGUGAGGGCUCCUCUGCCCUGCCUCCAGCUGACACCGGGGACAAAAAGACACGUACAGUGGACAAGUCUGCGGUGGUUCCCCAACAUGAUGACGUUGAUACACAAAAUAACUCUGUACAGAAUGAACGGAGCUCUCAGAUGCUGACUCCUCCAGCUGAUGGCCCAGGACUCCCCCUUAAGAGACAGAGUUCUUUAACACUCCCAAGCCCUGACCCAGAGACUGUCAGGCAGAGCUUGCUCACCGCAAUUCGUUCUGGAGAGGCUGCUGCCAAGCUGAAGAGAGUUACAGUUCCAUCUAAUACAAUAUCUGUAAAUGGGAAGUCAGGACUCAGCCACUCUGUGUCCUCUGACGCUCAGGACAGCCGCUAACGUUGCCCAGCCGUGACACACUUCGCCGACCAGCUUUCUGCCUACAAGGGAUAUUGGCAGUUAUAUAUUCAGGUGUACAUUAAUAUAUAAAUCAGUUCAAGAAUACACAUUUGUAUUAAUACCAAAAGAAAAAUGACUAGAACUUUAUAAUUUAUAAUAAUUUUUGGCCUUUUGCCAUAGCUAAAUAUUGCUGCUUUUGAAAUGUUAAGCCAGGUGUAAAUGACUUAUUUUUUCCAAUGAUGAAUAGUCACUUCUUACUGAUUUUUUUUACACUUAUGGGCAUACUGUAUGCCAUGAAACAAAGGUGUAAAUUGAGAUUUAUACACAUAUUGUAUGACACAGAAACAGGAAAGCACAGACUAACAUUUACUGCCUCAGCAUUAGGCUAUAAUUAGAAACAUAAGUUAUAAUAGAGCCCCUUUUUUUUUUUUGCUGAAACACAUGGAAAACUAGUAAGUCAAAUAUAUAAUGUGCAGUUAUUUUUAUUGAAGAAUCACUGUGAGACUUAUUUUGUAUAUUCUUUAAUUACAAGGGUCAGAUUUAUAGGAAACAGUAUUUUUAAAUAGAACUCUUUAACCUUCAGAAGUUAAAUUGCACAAGGAGACUUUAAGAUGUUUAUGUAUAUAAUUAUGAUACUGUUACACAGAUAUUACAUAUUUUCUAAUGCCAGAAGUCUUAAAAUAUUCCUGUGAAAAUAUUGAUAUAUUGUGACAGCUAUUUCACAUUUGGUAUAUAGAGAGGAAUAGGGGUUAGUUUAUGUCCACAUUCAAAACUUUGAAGGUAGAAGUUUCCAAAAUCUUGAUUUUAAUUAAAACAAGAUACAAAGUUAGUCAUUUAUGUAGCUCAGAUGCUAAUCAUCUAAAUAAUAAUAUAUAUUUUCCUGAAAGCCAAAAUGGUUGAGGGAAGCCAUACUUGAGGUGUUGCCUUACAGUGAGCCUAGAGUCUAGAACAUGUAGGUGUCCUGGACUUCCUUAAGAACUUAAUUGCUCUUUUAUUCCAAAAACUGUUCAAACAGCCUGACACUGUUUUGACUCUUACUAAUGCUACUUAGAUAUUUGCCAUUUCGACAAACGUCAAUUUUUUUCCCCCAUUUAAUAAAAGCAAGUUAUAUAUUUGAAGUCUGUUGUUUCCAGUGUGGUCUAUGUUAACUAGCAUAUUUGAAUACCUUACCUGAUGAACAUGCAAGCAUGCAU